GUUCAUACAGUCUUUAUUCAUUGCAAGUAAUUAGAGUGGAGCUAAAUAUUGGUUUGCUAUAUCACCCAAUUUUGUUGUUUGCAUUUAUAUAAUUCACAAUGAGCGUCCCAAUUCGUUUAUCAUCUGUGCAAUUUGCGAGCGCUCUGCGUACAAUGCACAUGCGGAUACCAUUAUAAUCAAUUUAUGACACAUCAUUAUCAAAUUAAUUAACUAAGUAGAACACACACAAUAGGACCGCGGCGCACAUUUGUUAUCUAUCGCUGCAUUAGUAUUGUAAAUAAAAUAAUUAUGGUUAAAGGGCAAAAGUCUACGCGUGCCGUGAAUUUCUUAGUCACAGACACUUGGAUGCAUCGUUUCCCGCAUUCGCUAUCCGACGCUUGUUGGGAAAGCAUUGCGUUCGCGAUCUCUAUCGUUUGAAUGAGAAACUAUCGUUUUAAAUCUUUCGUUCACGCGGGGAAAAACCGCAAAGUGAUCAGCCAUGAUGUGGUUCAAAAAGUUGUUCCGAGGAAAGUGCGAGAAACGGACUGAGGAUACGGCGGGAUCCAGCAAGGAUGAGUGGAUUAACAAAUUUGAUUACUUGAAUAUAUUCAAGGAAGCAGAAGACGGAUGCUCGAUAGCCACGGAAGCGUUGGAAGUUGUCCAGACAGAGCCUAGAGAGAUAUAUGCUCUAACAACGAUAAGAAACUUCCGCGGAGAUACGCUAGAUGAAUUUGUAUGUGAAAGUGAGUGGGUGUUGGUCACUCCGGACCAAUUCUCCGAGCCGAGGUUCCAAAGACAUCUGACCAGGACGGAUACUUUGACAGCUUUAUGCAAGACGGUUGCAGAUUCGAACUUGAACAAAAAACGAGCGGAAAUUAUAGCUAAAUCGCCGAAUUGCCAUUGCCAUGAAAGUAAAUGGCAUAGGAAAGUGAAAAGACCGCCACAAAAUAUGUUUCAGUGCUUUGUUAACGGUGUUAAGAAAAUAUUUAAAUGUAUUGUGCGCAAGAUAAAAAACUGUUUUAUCAAGAAAUCUAGAUCGAAGCCUAAGACUUGCACACGUCCUAAUAUUUUCUCAGACUCCACUAACAAUUAUUUAUCGGCCGGGCGAGUUCGCGCGCUCCGUGGCGGACGCAGUACACGCGGCGCCGGCGCAGCCAUCCGCGCGUACGCACUGCAUCUCGCGCAAGACAAGAGUACGACGUUUGCGCAGAACAUAGACAACUUUAUUGCGUGCACGCUGGAUUCCAAAGAAACAUGUCCGCAGGUGAUGAUGCGCAAUAUGAGACAAUUCAUGUCCGGUAUGAAGAACUAUCUCGUGAAGCACGGCGAGAGGGAGUUCGAGAAGGAAGUUGAAAAAGAAAGACUGAAGCUGAAGCCGACGGAGUUCCUGAACCUGGACGCGAUCCUGGAGGGCGUGAUGCACCGCGUGGUGGUGGUGCCGCUGCGCGCGCGGCUGUACGCGCGGCUGGCGGCGUGGCACGCGCGCGACGUGCGCCGCCUGCACGCCGCGCUCGAGCGCGCUGCGCACGCCACGCCGCUGCAGCUCGGCGUCAAGGAAACUACUAAAGUACCUUCUUCAGCUGUAUUAGCAGUAAUCUCAAAACAUUUCCUCAAGAUGCAAGAAGCGGACUCUCCGCUGGACAAGCUGGAGAAUCUGUUGGCAGCCAUAUCUGUUAUGUUUAAUGCGAUUCGUGGCGAGCGCAGUCUCGGGGCAGACGACUUGUUGCCAGUACUGGCGUGGACAGUAGCGCGGUGCCGACUAGUGUGCGCUGAGCUGGAGGCUGAACUGAUGGUUGGUCUACUCCCUCCCGCGCUCCUGGCCGGCGAGGGCGGAUACUACCUGACAGCGCUGUUCUCGGCUGUAGCUGUGCUUAAGAGAUUGGUGCCAGAACCCGGAGCAGAUACCGCCACUCCGUGGUAUGUGCAGUGGCGGCGCGGCUCGUCGGAUCAGCGGGCGUGCGGGCGCGGGCGCGGGCGCGGCCGUGGUGCGCGUGGUGCUGCCGGACGAGUGCCGCGGCAACAUCCGCCACGUGCCCGUGCCGUGUUGCCCCGGCGCGCGCGCGCGCGACCUGUGCCGCGCGCUCGCGCACGCCGCGCACAUCACCAACCCGCAGGACUACGCGCUCUUCGCGCUGCACGACGGACACGAAACAAUGUUAAACGAGAAUGACUGUCCUCAAGAAGUGAUGUCGGAGAAGAGCGGUCAAAACUUUACCUUAGCCUACAGAAGGAUAGAUGCCAAAAUAGCUUGGCCGCAACAAGCUUUACUGUCGUACCCAUAGACAAGAAUACGCGUUAUAAAGUGUCGUUGAGUAAAAAGACAUUGGAAAA